UCAACAGUGAAUGACUGAAGUCGGACCCGUGCCGGGAGUUUUACACUUUUUCUCUCUUUUAAACAUCACAUUUAUCUUCCCGUGUUAUCAGCACCAUACACGUCGGUGUGCCUGCGGCAGAUUUCUGGAGACAUGGCCACAGAGCAUAUAAAUGGAAAUGGUCCAGAAGAGCCAAUGGACACCUCCGCUGCAGUUACCCAUUCUGAGCACUUCCAGACUUUAUUAGAAGCUGGUUUACCACAGAAAGUUGCUGAAAAACUAGAUGAAAUUUACAUAGCAGGUUUGGUGUCUCACAGUGAUUUAGACGACCGAGCGAUCGAAGCCCUGAAAGAAUUCAACGAAGAAGGUGCUCUCCAAGUCCUUUUGCAAUUCAAGGACAGUGACCUCUCACAUGUUCAGAACAAAAGUGCCUUUCUUUGUGGCGUGAUGAAGACAUACAGACAGAGAGAGAAACAAGGGACCAAAGUGUCGGAUACCAAUAAAGGACCAGAUGAAGCCAAAAUCAAAGCUUUGCUGGAGAGGACUGGCUACACACUUGAUGUGACAACAGGACAGAGGAAGUAUGGUGGUCCUCCACCAGAGUCCGCUCACUCAGGGGGCCAGCCCACCAUCGGUACAGAGAUAUUUGUAGGUAAAAUCCCAAGAGAUCUUUUUGAGGAUGAGCUGGUUCCAUUGUUUGAGAAAGCUGGCCCCAUCUGGGACUUGCGCCUGAUGAUGGAUCCUCUGAGUGGUCUUAAUAGAGGCUACGCCUUUAUCACUUACUGCACGAAGGAAGCUGCACAGCAGGCUGUUAAACUGUGCAACAACAAUGAAAUUCGACCAGGUAAACACAUUGGCGUAUGCAUCUCUGUGGCCAAUAAUAGACUGUUUGUUGGUUCCAUCCCCAAGAGUAAAACAAAAGAGCAAAUUGUUGAAGAAUUUGCAAAGGUUACAGAGGGUCUAAAUGAUGUCAUAUUAUACCACCAGCCAGAUGACAAAAAAAAGAAUCGAGGCUUUUGCUUCCUGGAGUAUGAAGACCAUAAGACGGCAGCUCAGGCUCGCCGCCGCCUGAUGAGUGGCAAGGUGAAGGUGUGGGGAAAUGUGGUCACUGUGGAGUGGGCUGACCCUAUUGAGGACCCAGACCCAGAAGUCAUGGCUAAGGUCAAGGUGCUGUUUGUGAGGAACUUAGCAAGCACCGUUACAGAGGAAACGCUUGAAAAAACAUUUAGUCAGUUUGGCAAGCUGGAGAGAGUGAAAAAACUGAAAGACUACGCCUUCAUUCACUUUGAAGAAAGAGAUGCUGCUGUCAAGGCGUUAGCUGAGUUUAAUGGCAAAGACCUCGAAGGAGAGCACAUCGAAAUUGUCUUUGCCAAGCCCCCUGACCAGAAGAGGAAAGAACGCAAAGCCCAGAGACAAGCUGCCAAAACACAAAUGUAUGAUGAGUACUAUUAUUAUGGCCCUCCCCACAUGCCACCACCCACAAGAGGAAGAGGAAGAGGUGGGCGAGGAGGUUAUUCUUACCCUCAUGACUAUUACGGCUAUGAAGACUAUUACGAUUACUAUGGGUAUGAUUACCACAACUACCGAGGUGGUUAUGAUGACCCCUACUAUGGCUAUGAAGACUUCCAAGGGUCCGGGAGAGGACGGGCAGUAAGAGGAGUCCGUGGAGGUGUAGCUCAGACCAGAGGUCGCGGUGCUGUCACCACGAGGGGCCGGGUGGGCUUCACUCAACGAGGAGGCCUCAUAUCAGCCAGAGCAGGGAAACGGGGCCGAGGGCGGUCCUGACCUGUCCCAGUGGAAGCUGACUUGAUGUGUGGGGCUACACCAGAAGCUGCAAUGGAUGUUGACAUAACAAGUGUGACAAAAAAGGUCCAAUGAUAUUCCAGCCUUACGGAAGAAGCGUCUCCCCAUCGCCCCCUCUUUUUUUGUUUUGUUUUGUUUUGUUCUUAGAAACUGCCACCUCAAAAAUUGUCCAGAGGAUUCUGACUACAUUUGCCACAGCCUCUUUGCCCUUACUCCCCAUAUGUUGCCCUGAUUUUUAGGGUUUUAUGAAUUGCCCUUACAAUCUACCCCUUCCCUGUCCCUGAACAUGCCAUUUAAAAAAAUAAUUAUUGAAGAAAUUGCACUUUUUAAGUUCUUAGGUUUGAAGUGGCUCAAAUGAGCUUGAUACUAUUGUAUAUUUUUGUGCUAACUGCAAUUUUAUUGUUGGAAUAUCCAUGAUAUUGUUUGAUCUGGAUGUUUGAAAUGGAACAUUUGCAGGGUUUUAGGGUGUACCCACCUGGCAUGGAGAAGUCAGGCAUUCCAGGAAAGUGGUUCUUUUAAGAACUUGUCUUUAAAGGGUUGGUUGACUACCUCAGUACAGAGGACUAAACUACCCGGCCUGUACUGUAAAUAGGGAAACUAUAUAGAUGAAAGCAGGGCUUGUUUUCAUACAAAAUAUGCACAAGAGCUGCAGCGCAAAAAUGAUGUACUUAAUGUAAUAUACUCCUUUUAGCUGCAGCUCUGCAGACUGCAAACAGUCAAGCUGGGCAUGCUAAGCAAUCUCAUAUGAUGAGUCUAAACAAGCCCUUCUUUUAUCCUAUUUUGAACUGAAUUAGCUGCCUUGCUUCUUCAGCAUAUGUAGUUACUGGUUGUAUAGUUUUCUCGGAAAAUGUUACGUUUUGUAAAGGAUUAAAAGUCACAGGCGUCCAACUGCCUUUGACUUUAAAAAAAAAAAAAAAA